AUGUCCACACCCAACAACAGCCAGACCACACAUUAUUUGGCUAUCUUUUCAAUUGAUCGGAAGGCAAGCCAAAAGCAUACCAUCAGUCAGAAAAAGACCUACAUAAUAAUAUGGCACACCCUCAAUGGCUAUUUCCAGAGAAAGAGGAUGGCACUAGAUAAGAAAAAGAACCGGGUUUGGUUCCACCAUGUUGAAUUAGACGAGCUUGAAGCCUCCAAUCCCAAGACUGCAAAAUUGAUGUGUGUGCUUUAUGUCGCUUAUGUCCUUGAGUCAAGGUGGAAUGAAUGGAACCAGGAUGUGGGUUCCAAGGUUUUCCCCCCCAUGUCUCAAGAACUUGCCACCAGUAUCGACCAGGUGCCCCAGUUGUCUUGGAACAAGGCGCAACCAUGCCAUAUCCCUAUUUUUUUUAAAAUGCUACCACCUGUGCCAGAAGAUGGUCAAGACAAUGAUGAAGAUCUCAAUGAGAAUCCCACCAAUGAAAUCUUUAUCCACAGAACUAGAUGUAUCACUAGAGGCUGUCUCCAGAAACACACCCUGAAGUUCAAAAAGCUCUUGGAUUGGACCAUCUUUUUUUUCCAUGUAAAGCUCCUGAAGGGCGAAAUUUUUAUGAAGCUGUUUACCAGAGAAAUCUAUCCCCAGGCCAAAAACAGUGUGAAAGUGCUGUUUGCUGCCACUUGGUAUGGGCCAAAGCUCUUGCCUACAGAAUGUGAACCAGCUCUAACUGUGGUACCAGGGAUUACCCUUUCAUUACCCUAG